AUGAAUUAUAUUAAGUUAACGUUCGAUAAGCUGGAUGUCGGUGCGCUGAGCGAGCUGGUGGCGCAUGAAAGCUGUGGAGCCGUAUCGCUAUUCGUGGGUACAACGAGAGACAACUUCGAGGGAAAAACCGUGGUUCUGCUGCAGUACGAGGCGUACGAGGCGAUGGCCUUGAAAACCAUGAACCACCUGUGCGAGGAGGUACGCGGUCGAUGGCCGGACGUGGUCAACAUCGGGAUUCACCAUCGCCUGGGCACGGUACCGGUGAAGGAGGCUUCCGUGGUCAUUGCGAUUAGCUCGCCCCAUCGCCAAUCGAGCCUCGAAGCCGUUCACUUCACCAUCGACGAGCUGAAGAAAUCGGUGCCCGUGUGGAAGAAGGAACAGUACCGCGAGGGAGAGGGCAGCUCGGAAUGGAAGGAGAACAGCGAGUGCACUUGGUCGCAAAAGUACAAGGACAAUCAUAUACUGUAGCGAGGCGAGGAGCUCAUCCGCUACACUAAUGAUCAUGCACGCGAUCGAUCGCCCCAAAGGAAAUGGGCGACAGCAUAGCUGUUGGAUGUCGGGUAUGACACGAAAAUGACUACGGUGCAAAGGACAGGGUUCCAGCUGUUGAAUAAUGUUUAGGAGAUCUUUAAGACAAACGAACAAAAACUGCACAAUCAUCGUACAGCGUGUGCGUAUGAUAUCAGCUCGUCAAUCAUCUUCAUCGAGCGUUGGAUGCUCAAGAGAUAGCGAUACAGGGUGCUCUAUGCGCACAGCGGGCGCAAAACUGGUUUUCAAUCCCAAAGUAGCAUAACACAAAACAUGAAUAGCAAUAAAAAUUGCGAAUCGAACGCGUUGGUGCAAUGAAAUUUCAACCAGAAUGUGAUGAAGAUUUAAAUAAAAAUAUUUACCAAAAAUUUACAACA